UAAUGUGUAAGUGGGCGAAAGAAGUGUUUUGAUUUUUCCUUUUAUAUAAAUUCCACUGUUAUGAGCUGGAAGUUUCAAAAUGAUUUGAACACAUAUUUAUGUAAAGAUGGAUAAUUCUAGUUCAGAGAGAAGUCCAUCUUAUACCGACAGUUCUCCAGGAUCAUUUGGUCAAAUGAAAUUUUGGGAAAGCGAUGUCUCAAACACAACGAGCCAUCGUCGUAAACCAACGUACCCAUUGUUCGGUCUUGAUCAUGUAAAAGAAAUUGAAGGACUGGUGGAAGAUAAGGACGUGGCUUCUAAGGCGGUCACGUUUGUCGUAAAUGGUACGCGAAAAGGAGUGGUACCUCUCUGUGCAGAUGUGGCUUGUCUAAUGCGGGUUAAGCAACGAUUAGAGCAGACAGUUGAGAAGCAGAGACGCGAAAUUGAGCAUCUGCGAAGUUUACACAACUCAAGGGCCAGCAUUAGAACGAGUAGAUCCACCAGUCCAACACCGCCCUCUGUUGAAUCUGAUGAGACAAACUUACAGAAAAUCACAUCAGAUCAAUGUUCCCUGUGUUUAAGAUGCAGUCCCCCAUCUACAAAAUGCAGCCCGUCCCCAUCUACUUAUGCUUCAUCUGUGCACCUAUCACAAACACUUGAGCAGAGUCCGUCAUCAGUUCAGUCCAAGGAGGACUCUUGGCAGGUAGAAGGUUCCAAUACAGAUAUCCUAGGUGACCAUCAGCAUGUAAUCAGGGCAGAGGUACAUUCAAUGCCCAUCAACACAGCAGAGGUUACAGCAAAGAAGAAGACAAAUCAUGUGACUAAUGACACCCGUUUAUUGGAAGGUGAUGUUAAUGCUGAUGAUUCUAGUGAGGAUUCUAGUGAUUCUGUGACAGUCGUUGAACCACAUCCUGUUCAAAGAGAAACAUUCCAGUCAGAAUAUAGAAUACAAAGUAGAUUGGAGGCUGAUCUAGAAUCUGCAAGAAAAGAAAUAAUUAAACUCAGGUCACAGUUACAAGCGAGUCCGGCGAAAGAACUCAACGCAUCAAAACAGAGUGAGGUGGCUUGUGAGAUGGACAUUAUUGAUGAGACAAGUACAUCUUUCGGUUCAGAUUCUUCAUCGGUUUGUCUCCCUCAUAUUCAGCCGAACAGCCAAUCAAGCGUGGUGUUGGUGAGGCAGACAACCAUGGGCUCUAGCCAUUCUUCCAAUUGCUGUUGUACAAAAUGUACAGGAUAUAAAGAGGAGGAAAGAAUUGACAAACAAGAAGACUGUAGUUCAAGUAUGACUGAAAUAAGCGCGCUAGAACAUCACUCCAAUCAUUGCCAUGGUCACAGUGUACCAGUUCAGUUAAAUGACCGAGUUGUCAUCCGAGGAGGUCGCAUAGGUCAUAUACGAUAUAUUGGACCAUUAAAUCAUGGGAACAGCAAUACAAAAAGUACAACAUACCUUGGUCUUCAGUUAGAUGAGCCACAUGGACAUCAUGAUGGGAUACACAAUGGUAAACGUUACUUCUGGUGUCAUCGAAACCAUGGAAUAUUUGUACCAAUUCAAGAUGUUUUAUCUGUAAUCAAAUCUAAGACUUCAAGACCACAGACUGUAAAGAGUAGUCGGAAGAGUUCAAUUGACCACAGUAAAUUAUCUGCAUUCAAACGAGAGAAAUCUGGCACACGUAACCGGGUCGCACCAGCCCUUUUACCAACGCCCCCAACAACAGCAAAACCAAAAAAAGAAUUUUUAUCUGGAACAUGAUAUCUGGAAUGCAGACAUUUUUUUUUACAUUGGAAAGUAGCUGUUCUGAGCAUUGACAUGAGGAAAAUCCUCAACAAACUGGAAUGAUCUAUGAAAUCUGCAAAGAAGGGAACCCUACAGAGAUCUACUUUCCAGCACUGACUUUCAGUUCUUGAUGGUCUAAAAAUAAGUGUUCAAAUUUUUGCGAAAAUUAUAAUGAUGACAUAUGUUCACUUGAUCUUGAUAACUUGUGUUCCGACCUUGGCAUUGGCGACCUAGCCAUCAGUCGUCUACUCCAGUUUUCUAAACACCUUUGAGGUAUCCAUUUAACCUAAGGUUAAAUAGAGUUUUUAAGAUAAAAAAAAUGUAUCGUUCCAUUCUGUAUAGAAGCCAACCAACUUUGAGGUCAACUUGGUGUUCAGACCACCUGCUUUUUUAAGGUAGCCAAUUGAAGUAUCAUCUCAAUAACAUAUGUUCUAUUAUUGAUGGUUUGGCAAAAGGUGUUGGGAAGGACUUUGCCACUUUCACAUAAAGGGCUUCCAGUAGAUAUGUAUAGGACAAAUACAAAUAUAUUUAGAGUGAAGAAAUUAGCUCCAAACUUUUCUGUCUCUGUUACUCCAAUGAGAAAUCUGUUGCUCCACUUUAGUCUUUUUAUCCUUUAUUACCAUUGAUUUACUUUGGUUUAUGGUUCAUGUAAGCAUACUCAGUUGGUUUUAGUUGGGGUGGGCUGUACUUGAGAGAAAUAUUCGUUAUUGUGGAGUGUAGUUAAAUUUUGUAACUACAAAAAUAAGCGCUAUAGAAGUACCAAGUAACAAGUCUGUCUCUGUGUCUCUCCAUCUCCCCAUUUGUCUGUCUGUCUAUCUGUCGGUCUGUCUGUCUGUAUCUAAAUUUGCCCAUCUCUCUGUUUCUCCUUUGUCUGUCUGUCAUACAUUAUUCAAAGUAUUAAAUCUGAAAUAAGUUUAUCUAAAAUUAAAAUUGCAUAUCAGGAAAUAUAUUUUUUUGUUAGUUCACUAACAACCUCAACUUAAACUUACAACCAAAGUGUUAAUGUUAAAACAAAAAAUAGACAACAAAUUCAUAAAUAAUAAAAAAAAAAACCAUAGUAAAAAUACCAAAUUCUUAUAAAGUUUCAAUAUAUUUCACAGUUUUUAAUGAAUAGCUCUAACGAUGUUUGUUAAUGGUAAAUAAAUAUUGUGGUUGGUAAAUUAAAUCCAAUUAAAAAAUGAAAUAUUGUCUUUUCAACUCAUAAAUAGAAUAUGAAAAUACUGUUUCCUUAUUUAAAAUUAACAGCAAAAAAUUGAAAAUAAUUACAAUUAUUUUGGUAAUAUAUUGUAUAGCUAAUUAGGCCAACAACUGUUUGUAUUGCCAAAGCUCUAGCUUAGACCAAAAAUCUAAGAAGUCUACAGUCAGCUAUUUUUAGGUUUUUGUUAAUUUUUUUUCAGGAACCUGAACUGCUUGUGUGGUAUUUUGAAAAGGCACUUUUCAAAAUUGUAAUUAGUUUGAUAAAUUCCAUGCAUCUUCCCCAAUAGUUACCAUUCACCAGUCAAAGUGAAUGUUGUGCCAGGCAUAUAGUGACAAAAAAUAUCCUUUGCUCACACAAACUUUAUGCAACAGAUUUGUGUGAUAUGUGCCCAUAUAUGGGCAUGAUGAUGUCAUAGUACACACAAAUAUGAGUAUAUGACUUUUGUCACAUAAAUUUGAUAUGGAUAGUAUGAACAGGGCUUUAAGACUUCCAAUUGUCACUAUAUUUGGGCUACACAGUAAUUUUUGUUGGCCUUCAAUGCAGUUAUCCUAAAUUACAGUAUUAGUACCACAUUAAUUCUUAUUUCAAGUAAGUAUAUCCUCUACCAUAUCUUCUUGUGUAUAAGACAAAGCGUAACAUUGCAAAUUACUAUCGAAAAAACGGGAUUGUCGCGCAACACAUAAAAAUUCUUGAUUUUUAAGUCAUGUUCGUCUUAUCUGCCAAUCGUCUGUAAUGCGUAAAUUUACUACUGAAAUGAAGCUACUAACUGUUAGUAUAAAUGAACUCAAAUUUAAAUGCGGUGAAAUACGAUUUUGGUGAAUGUUUAAAAGCGCAUGAAAUGGAAUUAUUUGGAAGCCCUUUGAGCCAGCUAGAUGCAAUAUGAAGACCAUAAAGAGCAGCAAAAAGUAGGAAAUCCGAUGGGUGAAAUAGGAGGUCGUCUUAUAUGCCCGACAUCCAAAAAUGUCCAAAAUUCUUCUGAAACUUGGGGUUAUUUUAUGCGUGGAUUGCCUUAUACGCAAGAAUUUGCGGUAAAUGUUUAUGUCAAAUUGACAUUCAAUACAGGCAUGCACAGUUCAAACUACAAAGUGGUUAUUUAUGUAAAGCGUGGUUUCCAUAAAAAUCGCUACACGCUAUCGCUGACUCCUUUGGCAAUGCUGAUCGGUCAGUUGAGACAAGGGAACAUUCCGGAUUGCGCCGGUGGGACAGCUACGCAGUGCAAGGACUGCAGUGAAAACACUGUAGUGACUGUGUAGCGAUUAUAUGGAAACCAAGCUUAGAACAUUCAAUAGAUCAUCACCACAACUAGUACAAUAAUUGUAUCUUGUGCAGGUUUUUUAAGUUGUAAUGAAGCCGUGUUAGUCUAAACAAUAUACACAGAUUAUAAAAGGCAGGACUCUGAGACUAACUUUGAUGUAAUUUAUUCAACACAAGCCUGAUGAAGCUGGCAUUGACUGCCAGCGAAAGCUUGUGUUAAAUAAAUUACAUCAAAGUUAGUCUCAGAGUGCUGCCUUUUAUAAUCUGUGUAGGUUUUUUAAGGCAACUGCUGUUAAGAAUAUCAUUCCAUUAUGAUUUAUUUAAGUACAUGUAAAGUACAUCAUUGAUUAUUUAAAAAAAAAAAAAUAUCAUUCCAUAAAAUUAUCAAAACAAGUUUGACAAAUUAACUAUUUAUUAAAAAUAGAUAAAUAUACCAUGUUUUUUUAAAUAUCGUUUUUGUAAACAUUGUAAUUGUUUUGUAUUGUAUCUACUUUAUGUUCUAAUGACUUCAGCAAGUAUGUAGAAUUGAGAAUUCCAGUUCAGUCUGAAUUUGACAUGGUUCAUGUAGUAUGCUAAAUUUAAAGUAGUAUUUUAUUUAUUACACAUCAAAAAAAAGAAAUAAUUUCAGUGUUAUAUAUUUUGUAUCAUAUUUAUUAUACAAAAACAAAAAUAUACAAAUUUUUAUAUAAAUUAUUUUUCAUGUAAAGUAGGUAUAUAUUGGAUUAAAUUCCAAUUAUAACAGAAACUAAAACUUACAGAAAAGUUAAAAACAAAAUGAUCUGAAGAUUUUAAUCAUGGCCUUUUUCAUGUCCUCUUAUCAAAGAGCUCUAUUAAUUAAGUCUCAUUUGAGGCUUUGUCUUUGGUCUUAAUAAACUGUUUUACAGGAUUUUAACCCUAAAUCAUAGAAUUGGAAGGCGGACAUCUUAUAUAUUUAACUACCAAGAUUAACGUAAGAUUUUAAAUUUGAUGAUUAUGUUUAGGAUUUUCUGAAUUUAAAUUUUUUAUAAAAAGUUGUUUUGAUAAUUCUUUCAAUAAUUUAGCAUCAUAUGUCUAAAUGUGAGACACUGGAUUGUCUUGUUUUCUUACUUGCAGUUAUAUGUGUGUAGUAGUAUUAGUUUCCAAGCCUAGGUUUUUCUAAUCAUUUGAACCUACUGGUAUACAAUACCAGCAGUGGUGCAGCGGGAACAGUUUGGUUUCCAGAGAUUUCAGUCCCUCGCUGUGCUUUUCACUUAUGUCCUUGGGCAAGGCACUUUAUCUGCAUUGCUUCUCUCCACCCAGGAGUGUAAGUGGGUACCUGGUAGGGCUAAAUGCCAAAACUGAGGUAAUGAUAAUGCGAAGCGCAUAGAGGGCUUAACAAUAUAACUAUUAUUUUUUAAAAGAAAAUCUAUUUUUAAAACAGAAGUUUUUUACUAGUGUGGUUGGUAAAUUUACAUCUACCGUCUUCCUAGUUUUCUAUGCAAGUUGAAUUCUCUAGGGAAACUCAUGAACAAGGAUUUUAACGUGGAGUGUACUCCAGAACCAAAUGAACAUGCUGACAUUUUCUCUUUUUAAACCAAAAAGCUUCGGUUACUAAAUUAUAAGCUUUGUAUUUAUGCACUGUGUUUCUGACUGGCCAUUCCCUGGCGACUUAAAGGGACAAAACUUUUUCUUAUUUCUUGUUAUAUUGUAAUUAGAUCAGCUGCAUUAAAUGCUUGUAAAUAAUUUGGUAUAGCAAAAACAUAAUUGAAGCCAUGGUAAAAUAAUAAAUUAUGGUUUACUUUUUGUGAUAUAAAUUUAGGGACACUUAUAAUUAGAGAAGGUAGAGGGUAUUGCAAUUUAUGUUAAGGAAAGUGUAUAAUAUUGCUACUCAUAGUGUGGUCAUAUUUAAAACCUCUCUUUUUCAUUGUCUGUAAAGAUUUUUCUGAUAUUUUUUCAAAAUGGUGACAGGGUACCCCAAGUUAAAAAAAAAAUUGAUUAAGUUGUUUUUUUAUGACUGGAUGUAUUUCUUGCCAAGUAUUUUUUUAAAAUUAAAAGUAACAGAUAGCACCCUCAAGCUCUCAACCAUGAGGUUAGAGAUUUGAUUUCAUUUUGCUUACCUGUAGGAUACAGAAGUUUUAUGCUGAAUAUAUAUUCUAUUGUUAUUUAUGAUUAAUAUACUGUACCUUAUGAAUAUUAAAUAUACCACCUUAUACGUCAAUCUACCCGG